ACCCAUAGACUGUAACCGAAAUGGUUUCCUAGUAGCAUGUAGAAACGCAUUGCAGAAUUCACUUGUAGGCUAAUUGCGUAACAAAAUAACUGCAGCCAAAUAUAGCACAUACUUCAAUAAAACACGUUCGUAUUUUACGCAUUACGCGUGAUUCAGCAGUCUGAAUCUGAACUUUGCAUCUGUCUCCCUUUAAAUUUUCACUCAUUAGACCCCUGAGGUGAACUUUGAGACCUAGGCUACCAGAUAGUAGGCUACACGUAUUGGAGCAGCGGCCUUGUUUUUAUCACAGAUCAAAAGGCAACGGGUGACACUCCUUUUAAUGAUCUCCUUCCCUCGGCGUCAGCGGAGAGGACACUGGCUUCUAACAUGCCUCACUUCGCAACCACGCGUGUUUAACAGGGAUUAUUUCUAUCUGGACAUUUCUUUUCUAAAAGCGGUCAAACAAGAAGUUUUCAACAAUGAGGCUGCCGGUGGAAGUCUGCGUGUUUCUUAUUUCUCUCUUGGCUCCUGGAGUUUUGUACACCAUGAACAACAUCCCUUUGCUUCAGCAACCUCUUCCUAUCCUGGGAAUGGGAAUGGUCAUCCUGGGAUUGGUUCUUCUUCUCCUCGUCUUCACUGUGGGAAACAAGCAGAAAGUGGACCCCUUAUUCUAUGUAUUUGCAGAGUUUUCAUUCGCCUGCAUGGUGGGCCUGACGAAUGCUUUAGAGCAGGAUGGGUUCAUCUCUGGCUUCAUAGGCUUCUACCUAAAGAUGGGUGAGCCUCAUCUAAGUACCGCCUAUGCUGUGAUGAUGUCUUACUGGGAAGGGGUCGUUCACUUCCUCCUCUUCCUCACUAUCAUCCACCGCAUGUUCAAGGGGAAGCCGUAUCGCAGCCUGGGGCUGCUGUGGGCUGGCUCCUCAAUCGCCCAUCAGAUCGUCCUCAUCCCGGGAGUGUUCAUUGGUAAAUAUGGGUCUAACAUCCAACCAGCAUUCUGGAGGAACAUCCCCUUCUUUUUGGUGCCUUUCUGGGCGGCGUCCCUGCUCUUCAGCAGACCCAGAGAGAUGCCAGUCAUCACAGCAGACAAAAUCUCAGUGGAGCAAAAGAAAAGUCUGCUGUCUCGACCUAUUGACCUGCUUCUGUCACUUGUGUUACUCGGAGCAAUGGCCUUCUCUGUUUUCAGAGGCUUUGUAGUGCUGGACUGUCCUCUAGACGCCUGCUUCACCUACAUCUACCAGUACGAGCCCUACCUCAAAGACCCAGUUGGCUUUCCCAGGGUUAUGAUGCUGGUGUAUUUGUUCUAUACUCUGCCCCUGCUCACUGUCUUCAUCUAUGGCCUGAAAACACCUGGAUGCAGCUGGAUGUUGGACUGGACCAUCUUCUUGGUUGGGGCCAUGGCUCAGACCCAGUGGUGCCAUCUCGGAGCAUCUCUGCACUCCCGCACUCCCUUCACGUACCGAGUCCCAGCAGACAAGUGGUGGCCUGUUAUCACCCUCAAUGUGCUGCUCGCUGCUGCACCGGCUCUGUUGGCCCUGCGCUGCCACACCAACCCCGCUUAUUUUAUGAAACCUGUUCCCAAGGGACAGGCCAACAAUGAGAAGAAGAAAAACUAGACCACACACCAGCUAUUGACUGUCGAGGAAUACUUCAUGCUGUGACAAGGCUAAUGUUUUCUGGGGACUCUCGUUGCCGCACAAACUUCAUUAAACACAAAAUAUUUCAACCUAAAACCGAGAGGAAAUGUAAAAAUGCUGCUGUCAGACUCAACUGUUCAAAAUCAGUCACCUCGCGCAGCAGCACUCCCUGCAUGAACUAUUGGACCCUGAUAAGAAGGCUGUUCAUUGAGGUGAGGACUGUGAUCAGUUUGUACGGCUUUCAGGUGACUCAUGCAGAUACCCAUUUGGUAUCUUCCCAAACUAAGACUAACCUGGAUCAUACAGGUCGGCAACACAAUACUGGAGAGUGACAGUCAUCAUUAUACAUCUUUCUAUGCAGAAAUCCUCACCACUUGAGCUUGAAGUUAAUUUUUACUGAUCCAAAAUUGUCAGUAAAAACUAUCACAGCUUUCAAGGUUUAAAAUAAAUGUGAAUAUAAGAAGUGUUCAUAGGAUUCAGUAAAUAAUGCUGCUGAAUAACAAAGAGUUGCUGAUAAAGGAGACACUCGCAGAUAUUAUUACUCAGUUAACCAGAAAAAGUCCACCUGGUGCCUUUAUGUAACAUAUUUUUGAUCCUACUUGUUGUCACUGGGGCCUCAACUAAUGACUAUUUUCUGAUUAACUGAUUAAUCAUUUGGUUCUACAAAUAUCAAAAAAUAAUGAAAAAUUUCCAGCAUUUCCUAAAGCCCAAGGUGACAUCUGACCAACUGUUAAAAAUCCAAAGAUAUUCAAUCUGCAAUUAUAUAACAAAGAAAAGCGUCAAAUCCUCACACUGUAGAAGCUUAAAUCAGAGAAUAUUUGGUGUAUUUCCUUGAUAAAUUAAUUGAGUACCAAAAUAGUUGUGACUGCAUCUCAGUGUGGUUUUCCAUGUUUCAUCUUCCUCUUUAUUUUGUACAAUAAACAAAUCAACUGAAUCGGGCUUGUUUUUGUAUAAAAAAUGGGAUUAAGAUGAUUUGAGCCGACCAGUUGUAAUAGCAUUUGAUUAAAUUACAUUUGCAUCAACCUUUUCUGU